AUGAUGUCACUCAAUCUAUCUAACGAUGACCAACAACAUCAACAACAAUCACAACAAUCACAACAGUCUAGGAAUCUAACAGAUGAUCAGCAGUUCUAUGAAGUGUUGAAUCUAUCACCACCAACCAUUCAGAUUGAUAACACCACUACCAUCUAUGAACCUGCUUCAACCACUGAUACCACCGAUUCAAAUAACCCUUCCACUCCUUCAUUAUUCGAAUUCACCAAUCAAUCUGGAAAUGAUCCUAAUCUUGAACAUCAAUUCAGACUUGAUCAAAAUCAAAACCAAUUUCAACCACAACAAUCUCAAACACUUUCACAAUCACAAACCAAAUUACCAGACCAAAGUCAAGAUUUCCCAUCUAUAGAAAUCUUCUUAAAUAAUCAACAACAACAAGGUAAUCAAUAUUUGGAUAAUACCAAUGAUCAGAGUACCAAUUCUUUCUAUAAUUCAAAUAUUGAUAAUAGCUCAGAUAUAUCACUUAAUCAAUACUCCCUGAAUCCAAAUCAAAUACCGCCUCAAAUUCAAUUGAAUCAGGAUAUACUACAACAGUCUCAACCUCAACAAUCAGAUUUAUUAGCUCCAACUUCUUUCCAUCAAAGAAGUGGUAGUUAUGUGUCAAUAUCAGAUAAUUAUAAUCAACAACAACAAUCAAGUCAAGGUCAACUUGAUCCAUCAUCAAACUUUUUAAACCCAAAUGUUCCUCAUUCUCCAAGUGUUUAUUCAUCUCAUUCAUUAUUAUCGUCACAACCUGCAAGUCCUUUCUUAGACGCCACGUCUCAUUUCAGUAAUUCAAAUAGUAUCAUACCUCCAAUUCCAAGUAAUGUAUCUGCUGCCUAUUCAGAUUAUGGAAAUAAUAAUAUUCAACAACAACAACAACAACAACAACAACAUCAACAAUCAAAUACAUUACAACCACAGUACAAUUCUAAUGCCUUCGAUGCCGAAAUUGCUCUUGGUGGAUCUAUCUCAAACACAAAUUUAUCCACUUUAGAUAAUAAUAACAUGACAUAUAAUUAUUCGACUAUCGAUAAUCAACAACCAAAUUUCUCAUCAUUAGCAGCUGCUGCAUCUGUGGCGGCACCAGGUGGUCCACCACCAAAUAUAAAAUUCGAACUUGAAUCUCAUCCAUUUGUUAUAACUCCUCCUCCACAAUCCAAUGAUCAAAUGAUAACGGAUAAUUAUUUAACCAAUGAUAGUUUCAAUACCACUGAUUUGACAACGGUUUAUCCACCACCUCAACCAUUAAGUGCUUCAAGAUUGACGGAAUCGAAUUUAUCCAAUUAUAACCAACAACAAUCGAGUUAUAGUCCUGAUCUUAUUAAUAGUAAUGGUGAUGGUGAUAUUAAUUUAUCCCCCAGUAAUGAUAUUGUAUUAGCUAAAACUCCAUCAUUGUUUAGUAAUACAUCAAGUGUAAGAUCAACGACUCCUGAACCUACUAAACCAAGAAAAUCAAAGAAGGAUACAUUGGCCCCUAAUGGAUUCACCGUUAGUCCUGUUGGAUCAAAUAAUCUGGAAAAUAAUAAUGAUGCUACUUAUCAAGAUAUUAAACGAGGUCGUCAAAAGUCUCAUGCUCGUAAGAUAUCUCGAUCAACUUCUCGUUCACCUUUACCUUUGAAAAGAGAAGGUUUGGAUCAAGGUGGCGAUUCAUACGAUGAGGAAGGUGUAUAUGAUGAUGAUGAUGAUGAUGAUGAAUUAGAUUAUAAUAAUCAAGAAAGUUGGUCCACUACUAAUAAUGAUGGAUCUCAAAUGCAGUAUUUACAACCCUCACAAGAUAGUAUUAAUUCAGUUAACUCCAAUAGUAGUAAUACUAAAGUUGAUGCUACUACUGCUAGACAAAAAAUGUUGGAAUUGGCAAGUCCAAAUCAAUCAUCGAAACGUACUCAAAAACAUCCUAGUGUUUAUGCAUGUCAUUUAUGUGAAAAGAGAUUCACUAGACCGUAUAAUUUGAAAUCUCAUUUACGUACUCAUACUGAUGAUAGACCAUUUGUAUGUACGAUAUGUGGUAAAGCGUUUGCUAGACAACAUGAUAAAAAGAGACAUGAAGAUUUACAUAGUGGAGAAAAGAAAUUCCAAUGUUGGGGUACAUUAAAGAAUGGUCAACCCUUUGGAUGUGGUCGUAAAUUUGCUAGAGCUGAUGCUUUAAGGCGUCAUUUCCAAACUGAAGCUGGUAAAAUAUGUAUUAAAUUAUUAAUUGAAGAAGAAGCUCGAGAAAAGGAAGCACAAGGUAUUGUAAAUACACAAAGUGUCAAUGAAGCUAAUGUCAUUACUGAUUAUUUCCAAACUUAUGGUGAUAGUUUGAUGGAAAAUAAAGGAAUACUGAUGUCUACUGAUAUAACUACUUCUCAACUGGAUGAUUUUGAUAAUCAACCACCACCUUCGUUCUUACCUCUGGUGGCUAUAUCGCCGCCCCAGGAUUAA